GAAUCCUCAAAAAUUGAAAAACUCGCGAGAAAUUGCCGAGAACGAUAUUUGUCGCUACGGUUACUGAAGAAUAGAAAGCGGAAGCUGAUGGAAGAAGAGGCGGUUUCGGUUGGUUGGGAGCUGAUGGAAGACGAAGAAGAAGAAGAAGAAGAAGAGAGGGUGUGGAGUUGGGGAGCCGGUACGGACGGGCAGCUGGGUACGGGCAGCGCCAACGAUCACCACCUCCCUCAACAACUGCCCCUCUCCCCUUCCUCCGCUGCCCGUCCCAUCUCUCACAUCGCUUGCGGUGGGGCCCACGCCAUCGCCUUACUACAAGGCGGUAGGGUACUGACAUGGGGGAGAGGCAACUGUGGUCAGCUUGGUCAUGGAGAUCUGCUGAACAGCUUAAAACCAAAGCUUGUAGAGUUCUUCAAAAACAUUGUUAUAUGCCAUGUUUCUGCUGGAUGGAAUCACUCUGGAUUUGUUUCAGAUACAGGAUGCCUUUUUACUUGUGGAGAUGGAUCCUUUGGGCAACUUGGGCAUGGUGAUUGUCAAUCACAUUCAUCUCCUAUUGAAGUCUUAUUCUUUAAUUCUAAGCAUGUGGUACAAAUAGAGUGCGGGAUGCGUCAUUCACUUACCUUAUCAAAAGGUACUUCAGGCGAUUCACUUCAUGGAUUUGGUUCAGGAAGACGUGGGCAACUCGGGAUUUCUACAGACAGAAAGAGUAGAUCCUUUGCCGUUCCCCAAGCUAUUUAUGGACUUGAAGAUGUUGAGAUAGCUUCUAUCUGUGCAAAUGGCGAUCACAGUGUGGCUUUGUCUGCUAAUGGGAAUUUGUACAUUUGGGGCAGAGGAUUUGGUGGUGCCUCAGAUGCUUACUGCCCUCAGCUCUUGCCUUCACCUUUAAAAUUUUCUCAAGUUGCUGUAGGAUGGAAUCAUGCUUUAUUAUUAACAGAUAGUGGAGAAGUCUUUAUGCUUGGUGGGAACCACCAUGGGAUGCUUAGUAAUUCUCAGCAAAUGAGCCAUGAGCAGCAGUCGCCCCUUCACUGUACUCCAUCUACUAGCUCACAUGUUUGCAAUACCCCUCUGAUUCCAAUGAGAGUACCUGGGCUUAAUGGGAAAAAGGUGUUAGUAGUUGCAGCUGGAGCUGAGCAUUCUGCUAUAGUAACAGAGAAUGGAACGGUAAUGACAUGGGGCUGGGGAGAACAUGGACAGCUGGGUUUGGGAAACACAUUCGAUCAAACAAGUCCACAGAUCGUAAGACUAACUGAGAGCGGACCAUCGGAUGAUCAUGGCCCUUUAAGGGUUUAUUGUGGAAGUGGGUUUACUAUUGCGGGCGGCCCAGUCAGUUCACAAAGUUGAUUUACCAUUCGACAUGUCAAAAAGGUCAGCAGCAUUGCUCUUUACAACAUGGUAGUCUACUUUAAUCCGUGCCAUCUAUUCUCUAAUCUUUUUAUGCAAUGGCUAUUAAUGAUGGGGAGUUAUUGGGUUCUCAAGUUUUCCAUUUGUAAGUGGGUCCCAUUUUUUAGUGAUCCAGAAUGUUGGUGUGUCGGGCCCCAUGGAAUCCUCUACAACACUUUUUUUAUGCAGCAUGUAAAACACUCAAGCUUGUGGGGCCCAUCAUGUUAUAUAUGUAAAAUCUACUGUCCAUUUGGUUCUAUCCUCAAUUGUAGUGGAGCAAAAAAAAAAAGAA